AUCACCUCCCAUCGUAGUAACAGCCCAGCAGCAGCAGCAGCAGCAGCACCGCCAAUACGCAAUGUGACAACGCGUGUAGAUCAGCAGCGUGUACCCCCCCUCCCCGAGGAAAGCUAGUGGGUUCAGCGUCGCCUAUGCAAACCCUUCACCACCACGCUACGACACUCUCACCAUGUUUCCACCUCCAAAAGAUGGAUACUCGGAUGUACGCGAUGCCGGAUCCCGUUUAUUGAGGCCAUUCGGACGUAUUUUGUGAUUUGCGUUCAAGCGUGGGAUACACACGGAUGAAAACCCCCGCAUCAGCAAGACUAACAAUGGUGCAAGGUUGUGUGGUGGGCUGAGCCAUGGUCUUCCACCGCCACUUUGAGGAAUGGGCUUUUUCUUGGGGAGAUCGUAUCCAGAGUAUGGGGAAUAUUUUUUUUUUUGUUAUCCCUUCGACUUGAUUUGUGGAGAUUUCUGUGGGGUUUUGCCGUAGUUUGGGUUUAGCGCCAAGAAGAGCGCGUCUCUCACUCACCUUUUACCACCACAGUGAUUCGACGGCUCCGUCUUUCAGGGAUUUUCGGGACAUCCAGGUAGGCUACCCUGAAACCCCUUUCAGCGAGACGUUGGUUCGAUUUUGGACAGCCCUGGGACACCCUAUAUCGUGUCCCUGUGAUCUCUAAACAUCCCCCAGGUAGAUUGACCUCGCGUUCUUUGUAUUUAGUCACAUCUCAACGUUUCCACUGCCACUGGAGGUACAGCGGUGAGAAGUUGGGGUGCCAUGCCGCUGAACGCGUUACCCCGCGGGGGGAACCACAACACCGGCUCCCUUAGCCCAGCCUCGCUGUCCCGGAGCCUUUCCCGGCUCAGGGAGUUGAGGACCCGCACGCGGAUCAUGCUGGCGCUGGGGGUCGCUCAGAUGGUCCUGGGGAGCCUCAUCCUGGCCGUCAGCUUCGCAGCAUUGGCUCUCACCACAUCACCCCGGGUCCGACACUCGUGCCCCUUCUGGGCGGGAUUCUCGGUGCUGUUGUCCGGACUCAUAGGUGUGGUGUCCUGGAAGAGACCCCUCUCUCUGGUGAUCACCUUCUUCAUGCUGCUGUCAGCGGUGUGUGUGAUGCUGAACCUGGCCGGCUCCAUUCUGUCCUGUCAGAACGCUCAGCUGGUCAACUCCCUGGAAGACUGCCAACUGCUUAAGUUUGACAGCGACGGCGUGUGCGUGUGCUGCGAGCUGCCGCAGCAGAGCUCCAGCUGCACCAACCUGGGCGAGACGCUGAAGCUCAACCCGCUGCGGGACUGCAACACCAUCCGCCUGCGCCUCAAGGAGCUGUUGUUCAGCGUGUGCGCCCUCAACGUCAUCUCCACCAUCGUGUGUGCCCUGGCCACCGCCAUGUGCUGUAUGCAGAUGGUGUCCACUGACCUGCUGCAGAUGUUCAUGCCUCACCGUGGCCGGGCCCUGAACGCGGACUGCGUGACCCCCCACGGCACCAUCCUCCACCAGACCCUGGACUUUGACGAGUUCAUUCCGCCCAUCCCCCCGCCCCCCUACUACCCCCCGGAGUACACCUGCACCCCCUCCAUGGACGGACAGAGAGGCCUACAGCUAGACUUCCCCCACUCUCCGUUCAGUGCCAUCUACGGCGUUCCAAUCAACAGCCCGGGAACGCUGUACCCCACAGACCUGCCCCCGCCUUAUGAGUCUGUUGUAAGCUACACCCCCGCGAGCCAGGUAACCAGCAGCAUCGAACAGCGAGCCACUGAGUCCAGUCUUUGUGAGGGAACCACCGCGGGCCUCAGCACUCAGGCCUCGGUGGACAGCGCCUCCCUCCUGGUGUCCGAGCUGGCCGACCUGCAGGACAACAGCUCCUCAGACGACCUCUGCUCCCUGGAGGUCCCGGGCGGGGGCUCCGACUCCUCCCCCUACACCACGUCCAACCCCGGCCACCCCGACGGCACUGGCCCCCAGGAGCUGAGGGCCCAGGGGCCCCCGCGGGGGGGCCACCAGCGCGGCCUCGCCGACACCACCUACAGCGAGUCGUCCCACACCCAGUCCCCCGACUGGUCGUCGGACAACGCCAGCAACCUGGACCACGACGAGCACGGCGACGGCCCCCACGGCGGCGAGGAGCACGGCGCCCGCGGCCUGCACGUGUGCGAGGAGCUGGCGUCGGCCAAACACGCGGCGGAGGAACCGCCCAGGACCGCCCCGCACGCGCUGAUCAGGGCGCGCGUGUUCAGCCGGAAGCUCACCCUGCCCGUGGCGCUGGCCCCACCGCCACAGCCCUGCUCCCCCACCUCGCUGGCCUCGUCCGGGGGCACGUCGGGGCUCAGCCCCCUGCCGCCCUCCGCCUCGCCCUCGCCGCCGCCGGCGCCGGCGCGGCCCCGCGGGUCCCGGCUGUGUUUCAGCGUGUGGACGCCUUCCUCCUCCUCGUCCUCCUCCUCCCAGCCGCCGGCGCGGAGCGGCUGCUCGCCCGGAGACCGGCCGCGGGGGUUCCGGGCGGUCCGGAAGUACCGCAGGCUGGCCCGCAUGGUGCGCUCCACCAGCGACCCCAUCUCCUGCUCCUCCACAACGGGAGGGGAUGGCUGUGGAUGUGUGCCCGCUGGGAAAGCUCCUUCUGGGGACUCUGAUGAGACGUCUCCCCUGGAUGAUCAAGUAACAGUGUCAACCGAACCAGCAGACAUCAUCAGCCUCAAACCCCGAGCACUGCGCACACACUUGUCCCAGGAGCGACCCCACUCCCUGGCCGACCUCAAGACGUAUAAAGACACCAAAAUCCUGGUGGCCAAGUUCCUGGAGCACUCCAGCUGCAGUCUCCCCCCAGAGGUCCAGCAGGUGGUCAACUCCAUCAAGAGUGUUAUCCAGUCGGACGAGAAGCACAUGGAGGAGGCCAUCUUCAGCGCCAAUGUCAUCGAUCAGGUAAUGAGCCAAUCCCAGUGGAGCCGAGGCACUUCCAGGAAGUGUUGCCAUAGCGACAUCCACCUCCAGAGCUGUGGCGCCUUGAGCUCUUCACCGUCCCUGCGCCGUUCCAAACGCCUGUCAUCCCACCUGCUGAGCAGCCCCGACACAACCCGGCGCACCCCCUCCGACCGGAGCCUCACGUCCAGGGAGACAGUUCUCUGACCCCCCAACCACCACCACCACCACCACCACCACCACAACAAGGACUCAGCCCAGUGAUGGAGGUAUUUUUCCGGGUGCCCGCCGGGCCGAUGCAGUCGGGCCCAGCCAUACAGCAGCAGAGAUCAGACGUUGGUUUGCGGGUGUGCUAGAUGUAUCUCUGCGUGGGGACUUCAGAGAGGGCUGAUACCCGUCAGCCCUCUUGACCCCAGUGCCAUGUGAAGCAGCGCUCCGCCCAUCAGCAGGAACGGUAGCAUACUGGGAUCCGAAGCAGCGACCGGUAGCUCUCGCACUCAACGGAAAAAAAUACGACUAGUAGAAAAUAACAAAAAAACAUAAACAUCAAACCAGAAUGUUCUCCCUCAGGGGAUCUUUCUUUUACUUUUCAAAUUACAUUCAGUUCAAAAGGAAUGCGUCUUGCUGUUUUUGCUCUUAUUUGCCCACAUCUGAUCCAUAUCCGGUGCUAAAGGGAGCAACUGAAGUUUGUAUUGAACUGCCGCUACCAGCUCUGUUUAAAGACAGAGCGGCACUGUAACAGAGCGGGGAGAGGGUAAAUAUUUAGUUGUGCCGCUGGUUAAAGGCUUAUUUAUCUUACCUCAGUGUGUUUCCAUUCUCAUCAGUGUUCUAAUAAAACAUGAGUUUCUAACUG